CUAUUUUGCAGGUUUUGGCAACGCUCACUUUAUAAUAAUCGAAAUUUGUUUGCGGUUACAGCUAAGAAAUCGUUGGAACCAAAGCAUACAGAAAACCUGAAUGGGUGCAGUACAUGGAGGAGAUGAAAGAAGCACUACAAGCUGCCUACGCUACGCCAUCAUUCUCGACUGAAAUUAAGGACUCUCGCGCGAUGGUCGGGGAAAAGGGAUACUUUGAAGUGCAUUUCGCAGGAAACCCCAAACCAGAUAUUCUGUGGUAUCGCAAUGGUAAAAUUGUGAUCACCAACGAUCGGGUCAAGAUCCGUACGGAAGAGCACGUGUCCUCGCUGACGAUCUACCCAGUCGAGGUGGCCGAUUUCGGUUUCUACAAGUGCCGCGCAAUGAGCGAAGCCGGACAGUGUGAGUCGAUCGCGAAACUGAACGAAUCGACCUCGCAGACGAUGACUGAUGAGGAACGAAUGGAACUGGAUGCAUUACUACAGACUAAACGAAACGGAACCAAGAACGGCAAAACGAAGGUGGAAAAAGUCGAGGUUGUGAUUGAAGAGUCGGAAGAGUCACAGCGAAAAAAGGCCGAACGUAAGAGCCUACGCGAGCAGAAGCGAAAAACCAAAGAAACUCUGUUGAUUGAAGAUAUGGUGAAGCAAGAGAUGGAGAGUUCUCUGCAUGAGAAAGUCAAGUUCUCUCAGGAAUCAUCAACCACGCUCACUACGAGCACCACUUCCGAGUUGAAACAAGAUGUUACGAUGGCCAAGGAUAUGGCAACCGUCAAGUUCAAAGAGCACCGUGAAACGAUAAUAGAAGAAGUGGUCACCACCGAAACGGUAAAAGAAUUCGAACGUAUGGUAAUUACCGAGAAGCUAGACGUUUCGGAUGUGGAGAGUGUGAAGCACUCUGUUCAGGUUAACGAAAUUCUUACCAAUCUAAAGGCGGCAGAUUUUGGACCAGGGGAGUCUCCUCUGCGAGAGCUGGCCACCAUAGCCUACAUGGUCAAGCAUGGCGUUUCCGUCAGCGAAAUCAGCAGCUUCUACCAGUCCGAUCACUUCCCGGCGCUUAAGACACCGGAAUCGCAGUCGGCAUUGGUGCUACUGUUGGAACGGGAGGGAUACGCCAGCAUUGUGACGGAAAUUUUGACCGAAACCGAUAUGGACGAAGCCCAGCUGGCUGCUACCGCCGGAUUUAGAGCAUUUAUGCGCAUGAUCGAGCUAAACCAUGCCAGCGUGGAGGAAAUCAUAACACACUUCUCGCCCGAGGACUUCUUCAUGCAUGAGUGGAAACUGGAGCAGGCCGAUGAGAAAUUCGAAGAAACCACGCUAAUUUCGUCAUCCGAGGUGCACUCAACUGAAACUACCGUGAUGACCAAGAAGGAGCUGGAUAUAAAAGAAACACCCGACAUCCGUGAAGACAACACCUCCACCAAGACAGUCACCACAGUCGCUAGCAAGAAAAAACACAAAAAGAUCAAGUCAGAAAAGCAGCAAGAAAUUACCGAAUCCAUACAGACCGUAGAAGAUGAAACUAUAGCCAUUGUAAAACAAAAAACACAAUUGCGUCCUUUAAAGCCGCUGCUGCCGAGUGAGGAGCAGAUGUUGGAUGAAAUGGCCCUUGAGUUUCUACGAUCGCCCACGCGUGAAACCUCCCAACUUCCGGUGGGAAUUGCGGAAAUAUCCAACCUACCUUCGGUCCUCGCUACGGUUACCAAUCUAGAACCAACCGAACCGCAACGUUCCAGUGCCUCGGUUGAUAUUGUCGCUCAGAAAUCCAUGAUCACCGAAGAAAUUCUUACCUCCGAGCGCGAAACCGUCAAUGCGAUUGUCGACAGUUCCAAAUUGUCUACGGUUCCCAAGUACAGUCUAAUAGGUCUCAACGAAUCAGUGCAAGUUUCCGAAGUUCUGGCGGAAGAAAUUCCCCGUGAAACUACCCAACCAAAACCCGUAGCUCAAUUAGCGAAAACUGAAUUAAUUCCCACCCAACCCCUGCAAAUCACCGAAUCGGUAACUCACGACUCCAUCACUGACUUAUUCACUCCCACCGAUGCACUGACUAGCGCUCAGGUCAAAUUAUCCACGCACGAUGCCAAAAUAGUACAAGAAACCUUUAGCACCCAAUCCGAGGAAGAUCUCACUCUUCCCCAGACUCCUAUUGCCAGUCGCGCGUAUGCGAAUGUGCUCUCGAAGGAAUCCGUCGAAAUUACCGAAAUUCAUAAAGCCGAAAAAGAAGAAAUGUUUGACACCCAAAUCAAGUUACCAUCGGUGGUACCAAAAUAUCAGUUCUUACCUUCUGAGUCGAUUCAAGCUAGUGAAACCAUAGCGGAAGAUCGUCCCAGCAAGUUCUACCCAGAGCUUGCCGUCCCGACGGAAACCGCCCGUAAAGUUUUCAUCGAGCAGAAGUCGUACACUACACAUGUACACAACGCUUCAGAGAAAGAAGACAUUUACGUUCCAGGCCGGCUGCCACCACAGCAAAAGGCCGACGUUCUUCUGUACGCCACCGAGCCACUCCAAAUUGCCGAACAACCCACCCACGAACAGGAAUCCGAACUAGCUGCCGAGCCGAAACCCAUCGCCUAUCAAGCACUGGACACAAUCACAACCCUGGAAAGUCUAACAACGCAAACUGUUAAUGAAAAUCUCACCACUAAACCAUUCGAAACCGACUCGUAUGAAACGAGAACUGCCUCCGUCGACUUCCGCGAACAGACCACGAUAUCCGUAUCCAAAGUGGUCAGCAACGAAACCGAAGCCGAACUACCAGCUUUCGAGCUAGCAGCGACCGCUAAGGCUCAACCAGCACUAACAACUCUUGCCAUCGGUCAGACCGAGAUCAGCUUCAUUCACGAGAAGGAAACACUACACCAAGGGGCACCAGUUCCGAAUGAAGCCACCGCCGAAUCUACCCUGGUACCCAUGGAAAACAUCGCCAUCACGGAAAUCGAAACAGCCGACACGGCGGGCCGCUUUUCACCGGAAGCCCCAGAGCGAACAGAAACAGCCACCGCUGGUUUCACUCUUCAGCAAUCGCAUGCUGUCAGUUCGGUGCUGGCAAAUGAAAAGGAAUCCGUCUUCGAUGGUAGAAUAACCCAACAGCCAGCGUUUGCUACAACUCAGCUCGACACACAGCAGCAGUUGGAAAUCAUCACACAUGAAACGAACGAACGAGAAUCACUCUUCACGGCUCCACAAAUGCCAGCGGAUCAAAUGGCAAAAGCAACUCCAACCGAUAUGCUGAAAUCGGUUACGGUUCAAGAAACACUUUCCAGCAUAUCAGCGGCCGAUUUCACCCCUACGGAAACCAAAUCGUCAGCUGCCACUGUCAAAACAAACGAAUUGGAAGAAAAGAUCAUUUCGGAGACUACAAUAUACGAAGGCCUCCGGCAAUACGAGCAACCGGAAACCGAGCAACGUACGGCCGACACUUCCUUACAGCCGAUCAACGAGCUGGUCAUCACAGAAGUCGUAGCCGAACAAAAGGAACGCGAUGGCUUCGAUGUUCAGGAAAUUGCCAAAGACUACACAGCACAAACGGUUCCUACGCACUCGCUGAAAUCCGUUCUGGUUCACGAAACCCUGAUUUCUGACAGUGUAGAUCAGGUUAAGGAAACAUCCCAGCUCACAUCGCAAGCCAUCGUCAAAGACGACCGUUUCGAUGAAACAAUCGUACACGAAACCAUAGUGCUGGAAGCUACCCAGCAAUACAGCGCACCCGAAGUUCCCACUACAAAAUCAGUCCAAUCUACACUGGAGCCUUCGGAAAGUCUGCUCGUUACCGAAGUUAUACCUGAAGUAAAGGAACAGGAAGGCGUCAAAAUAACCGACAUAGUGAAAAAUUACACCGCAAAAGCAUCCGCCACGGAUGCGUUAAAGUCGGUGCUAAUAGAAGAGGUACAAGUGGGAAACAUUACCGCUGAACUGAUCAAACCCGACGUUCCCACCUCGGCUGCCACCGUGAAGAGUGACGAGCUUGAGCAGACGACUGUUUCCGAGCUGCUGAUUCUGGAAACGCUCAACCAACUGCCAGAGCAGGUGACACCCGAGCAGAAAACCGCCGACGCACAGCUGUCACCAAAUAUUGAGCUAACAGUCACUGAGGUCGUUACGGAACAAAAAGAGCGGGAAGGAUUUAGCGUGUCGGAAAUCGCCAAAGAUUACGUAGCGAAACAAGUUCCCUCUCAUCUGCUAAAGUCGGUCGUUAUCGAAACUACCGAAGCGACAGAUUCAAUAGCUGAUAUUUCCAAACUUGAGAUGAACGAAUCUUCCGCUCUAAUGAAAACCGACCGUUUCGAGGAAAAAAUCAUCAGUGAAACGAUGAUCUACGAAGACAUCAAGCAGCAGGAACGGCAAGAGUUUGACACUCGCCAUGCCGAACCAACGCUACUACCUAUUUCUGAGCUCGUAAUUACCGAAGUGGUUGCCGAACAGCGCGAGAAGGAAGGAUACGACGUCAAAGAGAUUGCAAAAGAUCAUGUAAUCAAAGCAGUUCCCAGUCACACACUUAAAACAGUUCUCGUGCAGGAAACACUCGCUUCGGACGCUGUUGAUAAAAUUAUCGAACAAACUCCCCAAAAUGUGUCCGCAACGGUGAAAGACGACCAAAUGGAACAAAAAGUUAUCUCAGAAACCAUGGUUUAUGAGAAUCUUGAGAAAGCUCCCGAAGAGCUCAAACCCACCGAAAGGCAAGCUUCACAAGCGGUACAGUUAGUAAACGAACUUUUGAUAACUGAAGUUACCUCGGAGGAAAAAGAACGUGAAGGAUUUUCUGCGAUAGAGAUAGCCAAAGACUACGUAGCGAAGGCGAUUCCCACAGACACCCUAAAAUCGGUCACUGUUGAAGAGGUCCUAGCAACGGAAGACUCCGAACUGUUGGAAAAGCCGGAAUCUUCCACAGCAACCGCCGCUGUUAGGAGUGAUCAACGUGAGCAGACAACUGUCUCUGAAACAAUGAUCUAUGAAGACAUCGCCAGCUACGACCAAGCUCCUAAGCCAGAUGAGAAACUGGCGGAGAAGGUUAUCAGUCCAAUCACCGAGCUGAUCAUUACGGAAGUCAAUCCCGAGCAAAAGGAAAGUGAGGGUUACGAUAUCGCUGAACUAGCAAGAGAAAAUGUAGCCAAGUCGGUUCCGUCGCAUAUGCUUAAAUCUGUAACAGUAGAAGAAGUACUCCCAACGGACAAUGUAGACGAGCUGCGAAAGCCGAAAGAGCUCUCGUCGACUGCGGCAAUCAAGAGCGAAGAAUUUGAGCAAACUACUGUCACAGAGACCACUAUUUACGAGGCAUCUGAACAUUUGUCUAGCGACGAGAAACCCAACUUGAAAACCGCUUCACCCUCGUACCAACCAAACACGGAACUAAUUGUAACCGAAGUCAUCUCCGAGCAGAAGGAAAAAGAAGGUUAUAGUGUAGAGGAUAUAGCGAAAGAUUACAUCGCCAAAACAGUUCCGUCACAUACCUUGAAAUCGGUUACGAUCGAGGAAACACUUUCGUCCGAGAAUGUGGAGUGUCUCGUUAAGGAACAACCCACCACUUCUGCUGCCAUUUGCAAGGAUGACAAACUGGACGAAACGCAGAUAUUGGAAACUAUUGCUCUUGAAACAACGACAAAAUUCAUAGAAACAGUUCCAUCUGAUCACAAAACGGCUGAUACGACCGUUACUCCCGUUCACGAACUCGUAGUAACAGAGGUUGUUGCUGAACAAAAGGAAAAAGAAGGAUACAGUGUGGAGGAUAUCGCAAAAGAUUAUACAGCGAAACUUACUUCGGAUACUCUCAAAUCGAUCACCGUGGAAGAAGUCCAGCUAUCUGAUGUACUAGGAAAAUUAUCCGCUCCAAGCAUGGACUCAAAGACAGCCUCCGUUUCCAAAGAGGAGCUUGAGCAAACAACAACAUCUGAAACAUAUAUUUUCGAAGGCAUUAGCCAGUACACAGUAGAUAAGCCGACGGAGAAAUCGGCGAACCCCAAUGUGGAAUCCAUGAGUGGACUGAUAGUAACAGAAGUCGUAUCUGAACAAAAGGAAAAGGAAGGCUAUGAUGUGAAGGAAAUUGCCAGCAACUACGUUGCCAAACAGGUUCCAUCUCACACACUUCGCUCGAUUGUGGUCGAGCAGGUUGAGCCAGCCGAUGUUGCUGCUGACAUUUCAAGUUUCGAUGCGGAAAGCUCUCACGCCAAACCCAUUGCUGGUGAGAUUGAACAGAAGAUUAUAACCGAAAACGUGGUCAUGGAAACCAUAGAUACGAUUUCAGAGCGAGUACAGCCAGAACAAAAAUCAAUCGAAGUUACAAUGCAGCCCAACACUGAAGUAGUAGUUACCGAGGUGAUAGUCGAACAAAAAGAAAAGGAAGGCUACAAUAUUCAAGACAUUGCUAGCCAGUACGUAGCGAAGCAACUUCCGUCUCACUCACUUAAAUCACUUAUUGUAGAAGAAGUAGUUAUAUCAAGUUCGACAGAGGAUGUAGUAUCCGAUCAACGUAAUAUCUCAACUGCUCAGGUUAGGAAAGAUGAAUUCGAACAGACCACAGUGGCACAGCAAACUGUACUGGAGCACUUUGAGCCGCUCGAGAAACCCGUUCUACCCGAGCAGAAGGCCAUUGCACCAUCGUUCGAAACAAAGCAAGAGCUGGUGGUAACUGAAGUUGUUUCCGAGCAGAAGGAAACCGAGGGAUACAGCGUCGAGGAGAUAUCGAAAAAUUAUUCGGCCAAACAAGUCUCGUCUCAUAUGUUCAAAUCAAUCACGAUAGAAGAAGUUCAAACGGCUGAUGCUGCCGAGAGCAUACAGCAACCGGAAACACUAACCAGUACGGCAAACGUUCGAAAGAAUGAAUUUGAACAGACUACAGUUGCUGAAACAAUUGUCUACGAAGAACUAGGCACACAGUCGGAAAAAACUGCUCCCGAAGAGAAACGAGCGGAUAGUUCGCUACAACCAAUCACCGAGCUGGUUGUGACCGAAGUGGUGGCAGCCCAAAAAGAACGAGAGGGUUUCGAUGUAAACGAUAUUGCCCAAGACUUUGCAGCAAAACCGAUCACCGAAGGACUGAUGAGAAGUUUGGUUGUAGAGGAAGUACAGCCGACUGAUCAACUCGGUGAUAUAUCGCAUGAAGCUUUGCAGCAAUCUGCCACCGUGAAGAAGGACCACUUCGAGCAAACUACGGAAACGGAAACAAUGGUGUAUGAAGACACCAACAUUAUCCAGGAGUCCAUCAAACCGGACGAAAAGUUGGCAGAUGUAACGAUUCAGCCAAACACUGGACUAAUUAUUACCGAAGUGGUUAGCGAACAGCGCGAAAAGGAUGGAUAUAGUGUUCAGGAUAUUGCCAAAGAUUAUCUUGCUCAAGCAGUGCCUGCUAAAACGUUGCGGUCAGUAACAGUAGAGCAGGUUGAAGUCGCCGAGGAUGUAUCUAGUGUAAUUGUUCAACAAAAAACAGAAAAAUUGGCUUCAGCGUCCAGCGACACACGGGAACAAACUACCAUAACAGAAACGCUAGCCUAUGAACAAAUAACACCACAAGAACAGCUCGCUCUUCCAGAGCAGCGGAAAGCAGGAGCUAGUUUCGAGCCGAUGUCUGAAAUGACAAUUACAGAGGUUGUGACAGAACAGAAGGCCACUGAGGGAAUUAAUUUGGCCGAAACUGUAGGUCAAAAGGCCAAACCUGUGCCGGCUGACGAAAUGAAACCACUUUCCGUUGAACAAAUUCAACCUUUGCAUGGUCUUUCCGAUGUGAUAACGGAAACAACGCAAACGACCACAGCUACCGUUAAAACCGAUGAAUUAUCGAUAACUACAACAAUGGAAACCACAACUUUCGAGGGAAUCAAAGAAUAUGCUGGCAAGCCUGAACUGGACUCGUAUACGGCUAAGCUAAUACCAGCGGAAGUUCUUAAAUCUUUAACAAUAGAACAGAUCGAACCUCUACUAUGGACUGGUGAAGUUCCGGAAGUGAUGCUACAGCCGGUAACUGUCGUUGCUAAAAGGGAUCAACAAGACGAGCUGGUGGCAACGGAAACGACAGUAUUUGAAUGUAUAAAGGAUUUCAUCGACAAACUCGAGCGUGAUGAGUACAGCGCCAAAGUGGUUUCCAAUGGUAUCCUAAAAUCGUUGACAGUUGAGCAGGUAAUGUCACUCCAACAAACGGGCGAUGUAGAAAAAUUCAUAACCAAAGCAAGUACGGCUCUUGUCCAAUCUGACGAACGCGAACAAACCACUGUUACGGAAGCAUUAGUCUAUGAAGCUUGGAAGGAUUUCAUGGGUGGAGCAGACAUCGAAUGGCAAACUGCGAAGGUGAUGCCAAGAGAUGCGCUGAAGUCUUUAAGUGUACAACAAGUUCAACCUUUAGAUGAAUUGGAUAUCGUGCCAUCGGAAACCCAACAACCAUCAUCGGCUACAGUAACUGCCAACGAAAUGACAACACAAUUAAUAACUUCUGCACCAUCCGUUUAUGAAGGACUGAAAAGUUACGAUAUCAAACAAACAGAUGCACAGCUUGCUAGAUCUGUGCUACCGAACGAGCAGAAAUCUUUAUCCGUGGAGCAAACUGAAACAUUCAUUGCCAUUGGAGAAGUUAAGCCGGCAACAAUGCAAGCUUCCGAAGCGGCAGUCAGAACUGACGAAUUUGAACAGAAGAUAAUAACGGAAGUUGCCACAUACGAAGGCAUACGGGAGGGAGUUACUCAAAUUGAAGCAGAUGAAAAGCGCGCAACACCAGUAUUUGCUGGGUUAAAGGUGCCCACAAAAUCAAUCGUAGCUACAUCUGAUGCUGUUGAAAAAUUGCAAACAAGUGAAUCGGUUGAAGCAAGCGCUAUCAGCGUCCUAGUUGAGCACACUACAGCGUGGACAACUGAAACUCUGGCACACGAUUCGUUGGGACCAUUGAAGUCGGUGGAAGAAACUGAGACAAAGCAAGCUGCCCCACAAGUGUCUGAUCUGCACGUUCCUAUUCAUUUGGAAACCGUUCCAAGUGAAUCUCUUGACCAAGUCCAAUCCCCUGAGGCUAUAAUCGAGCAAAGCGCGAGCGUCGAUGUAAGCGAUCUCAUAGUUCCAUUGCAAUCCCAUAUCAUAUCGUCCGACACCGUAACGCCAUUCGAAGAGAGCACCGAACCACGUAAGUUUGCCACGAAAUCUAUACAAGAAGGCUUGAGAGCAGCCCAAUGUAUAGAAGUAUCCAGUAAUGAACUAAACGAUAUCACAACAUCUACCGAAGCACCUGAAAGACAGGCAAUGGUUUCAUUUUCAACUAAUAUCAUAGCGAAUAUAACCGAAACAAACAUACACGAAAAUGUAGAUAAUCUUGAUGUUGUCAUUGAACCAACAGAGCGGUUCGCACAAAUAACACAACCCUUGCUGAACAAGUACAACGAAAGUAUACCCAUAGUAUUAGAAGAUGCUGAAACACAAGAACACACUACUCCAAUUUUUGUCACAACAUUCGAAACAUGUACAGAUGACAAACAAACAUACAUAAAGUCUACAAACAAGAAAAUAACCGAAACUAGAGGUGUGGUUAUGGAAGAAUCUUUGAGCGAUGAAGAUACAUUACCAAUGCCCCCAUCUUUUCCUGGAGUUCAAAUCGAGGAAAUUGUAGAUAGUCAACUAGUAACAGACUCCGUCACACCGUACAGCAUACAUACAGAAUCAGAAGAAUCAGCCAUGCCAUGCAAACAACCAGUUGAAACACAGAAAAUCCUCAAGAAGAAACAAACACAAACACUAAUACAAGAACAAGUCGAGAACAUUCCUCUUGAAGAUGUGUUAUCGAUAGAACCAAUUGAAGACGAAACAAUAACUCCUGAAUUUACAAUUGUGGGUACGAAACGAAAGGUCGUGAAGAAAAAGAGGGUUGACACUAGGACAGAUAAUGAAACUGUAACUGUUGAAGAUGACACUGUUCAGCCAUUAGUCGCCGAGUUUGUGGAGACCGAAGAACUGACUCCUUUCCCUGUUAUCGAAGAACUACCAGAAGAUAUUCAGGUUACAGAAACUGUUACGGAUAGUGGAGAGAGCAAAAAAAUUGUCACAAGGAAACGCGUCGUGAAAAAGAAAACGCCCGGAAAAGAAGAGCAUGUGGAAAUAGUAACUGUGCAAGAAAACGAUGACGCCCCAGAAACCGUUAUAACAGUUACAGAACAAGAGCUGAUUGAAGAACCAGAAAAGUCAAAGACAAAGCUAAAACAAAAGAAAAUAAAAACCAUCAAAACAUCGGACCAAACCGACGCAAUUCUCGAACGCCUCUUGAACUUGCAAGUGGAGAAGACGGAACUCGAACAGUACGAGAAGAUUGAUGUUGAUGUCAAGAAAAAACCUGCAACUACACAAGAAGUUUCGGUAGAAGAACUUCCUGCCCUGGUUGUACCUAUCAUAACUGACUCAGGUGAUGCAAGCACAAAAGUUAUCAAAAAGAAGGUCAUUAAAAAGAAGAUCGGACCCAAAGUCGAAAUAACGGAGAUUAUAUCCACUCAGCGAGACGAUGAAGAACCACAAAUCACAGAAAUCAUCCGGGAAGAAAUGGAACCUCAGGAAGCCGCGAUAGAGCAAAUAGUAGAAACUAGUAUUCAAGAUGCUCCUAGUUCCGACGUAGUAACUGAAACCAGCAAGAAGAAAGUUACGAAGAAGAAAAUUUCCAAACCUGUGCCUUCUGUAAUAGAACAAUUUGGCGAAGAAACGGAAGAACUGCUCUUAAUUCCUGCGCAACCGGAACAAACCGUCAUUGAAGAAAUGCCAGAGAAGAUUGAAGUUUUAGAAACAGUUUCAACUGAGGGCAAACCAAAAAAGCAUGUCACGAAGACGAAGAUAAUCAAAAAGAGAACCGGAGACAAAAUCGAGGAAGUUCAGGUGGUAACAACUCAGGAAGAUGACCUACCAGCGGAAACUAUCGUUACACUUUCGGAAGAAGUGAUUCCAGUUGAACCCGUCCUUGAGGAUGUAAUAAGCAGUGAACAACCUAAACCGAAAAAGAAGAAAGUUAAAACGGUUAGAAAAACAGGAGAAAGUACGGAUGACAUUAUUGAAAGGUUGCUGAAUUUGGAGGUUAAGAAAACGGAGUUAGAGGAGUACGAAAAAAUCGACGUCGAAUUCAGGAGACCCUCGAAGCUAGUUGAAGAGUUCGAUCUAGAGCCUAUUUCGGGUGCACAAGCUGUCAUAGAAGAGCUACCAAUGGAACAUUCGUUUGUUGAAUUCACCAUUGCAAGUGAACAACCUACUAAAGUGGUUACUAAGAAAAAAAUUAUAAAGAAAAAGAUUGACGAUCGAAUAGAGACCACCGAAGAGGUUACAGUACAGAAGGGUGAUAUGGCACCAGAAACAUCUAUAGAAUUCACGGAGGAAGUUGCACCUUUGGAAAUGGAAUAUAUUCCACAAGACACGGUCGUCGUUGAAGAAGUUCCGGAGCUUCCAGUGGCAAGCAGAAAAGUCACAAAAAUUAAAAGAAGGAAAGUGAUGGCUAAAGAGACUACAGAGGAGCAACCUCAGGAAGAAACUGCCGAGUUAAAACUACAACCGGAGGACUCAAUCGAAGUUGUUGUAGAAGAAAUGCCGGAACAGGUGGAAAUUAUUGAACCGCUAACUGAAGAAGGAAAACCCAGAACACGGUCGAAGAAAACAAAGGUAAUAAAGAAACAAACAGGCGAUGUUAUCGAGGAAAUUCAUGUCGUAACAGUGCAGGAAGACGAAAAGCCUGUUGAAACGACAAUCACAGUUAUGGAAGAUGUCAUCGAGCCUACCGCACCAGAAGAAGUUACGCUGGUAAAACCAAAGCUGAAGAAGAAAAAGAUCAAGAGCGUGAAGAAGGUCACCGAUGACACGGACGACAUAAUAGAGCGCCUUCUAAAUCUGGAAGUGAAGAAAACUGAACUUGAAAAAUACGAGAAGAUUGAUGUAGAAUUCAAGCCUCGAUCUCGAAAAAUAGAAGAAAGUUAUGUAGAGGAGUUCCCCGCAACUGUGGUCAUACACCAUACAGACGAUGGAGCUGAAACAAAGCAAAUAACCAAGAAGAAGGUCAUCAAGAAAAAGAUCGGCAAAAAAGAAGAGACAACGGAGCUAAUCACGACACAAAUCGGGGACUCUGAACCAGUAACUUCUGUGACCGUUACCGAGAAAGAGCUUUCAUUCGAACAACCCGAAGAGAUUAUGGUUGAAGCUGCUCCGCAGGAAAUGGCCGUCAUUGAAGAGCUUCCUGAGGAGAUUAAAGUCAUAGAAAUUAUAUCGGAGCUAGGCGAGCCCAAAAAACAGGUUACCAAAAAGAGGACGAUCAAAAAGAAGAUAGGAGACAAGGAAGAAAAGGUAGAGGUUGUAACUGUGCAGGAAGAUAAUAAGGCUCCUGAAACAACCAUUACGAUUAUUGAAACUGAGCAGGAACCUACAGAAAUACUUCCAGCUUCACCGGAAGAACAGACAAUCGGUCAGCAGCCAGUUGCCGUAAAAGCCAAACCGGAGAAGAAGAAAGUAAAAGUCAUCAAAACCAAUGACACUGCAGAUGAUAUUAUAGAAAAACUUCUCAAUCUGGAAGUAAAGAAAACAGAACUUGAAGUUUACGAACGUGUUGAGCUCGAACCAAGAAGAAAAUCUAAGGAUGUGCUGGAAAUGGUUUUGGAACAACCAACACCAUCUGUCGCCGAAAUUACAGACAUACAGGAUAUUCUCUCUAAACCGAAAACGAAAAAGAAGGUGAAAAAAGAGCUCACUGAGUCUGUUAUUGAAAAACCGACUGAACCCAUCGCUGAAGAACCUACCAUUGAAGAAGUCACAGAGCCGGAGGUGCUCCAAAAGGUAGAAUUGAUUCCGACAGUUGUUGAAGAUAUCGCUGAUCAGGAAGCUCCGUUGGAUGGAACCCGCCAAACCACAAUAAGGAAAAAGAUAAUCAAAAAGAAAACCACGAAGAGUACAGGCUCGGAGGGAGAGUCCGAAGAUAUUCCUGAAGAAGCUGAAGAUGAGAAACAUGAAAAAACAUUAAAUCCGUUAGAACCUGAACUACCACUUCCGGAAAAGCCGGAGGAAUUAUCACACGAAUUUGUUGUUACGGAACUAACUUAUACGGAGCCAACGAAACAAGAAGCAUUGGUGGAGGAAAUCUCCAAGGAGUUCUUAACCUACGAAGAAAAAUCACUUAAACAAAUGGAAAAGGAAACACCUCAAUCGGUAGAGAGCGUGGAGCUUCGAAAAGUACCGAAGAAGGUUCGGAAAGUAAAGAAACCAGGCGAAGCAGCCGAGGAUACUGAACUUGAGCGUUUACUCAAUUUGGAAGUCGAAAAGACGCAGCUGGAGGAGUACGAACGAAUAGAGCUCGAAGCUAAACCGAAACUGGAAAAACCCAAGCCAAAACUAGAACCAAUGAAAAUUGAACGCAAGGAACAGAAACCUAUAAAAUUGCAGAUAAGUGAACCGGAAGAAUUGCCACAGACGGUCAAACUAAGAAAAACCAAAGCUCCCGUUCGAAAGGAAAUUGAAGAAACCAUAGUUCCAAAGGUACUGCUGAAAAGUAGGAUCGUUAUGGUCGAAUACCCUCCCAAACUACUUAAACUAGAGGUUGUUUCUUUGGAUACCAAGCAAGGUACCGGCGAGCUCACUCGAACCGAAGAAGAAGAGGACAAAAUUAAACUGAAAAAGAUCAAGAAAAUUAAAACUAUCAAACGGGAGAAGCUCGAGCUCGAGCAGCUUGACCUGCCGGAGUAUGAGGAGGAUCAACCAGUUGAGGAAGCAGUGCCUGAAGAGAAAAUGAAGUAUCAGAGAAAACCCAAAGAUAAACAAGAGGAAGAACAAGACGAAAAAACCUUGAAACUUGGAAAAGGAAAAAUCAAACCAGAUGAAUCGCAGGUUGAAACAGUAACUCUGAAAAAGACACCGAGAAAACAAGCCGAGGAGCCAUCCGAAGAAGAAAAGGCAUCAAAGAAACCAAAGCAGCAACCUACGUCGGUGGAUGACGUAAAGGAACAAAAACAUGUCGCAAAGCCCACCUUCAAACCAACGGAUAUUCCUGAUGUACAAUUGGAGCUUGAAGAGUAUCGACAGCCAUCACCCGUUCCCGAUGAACCCGAAGAAGAAUCUCCUAAGAAAAAGAAACGCCCAAAGAAACCAAAAGCACCCGAAGAACCGGAAGAUGUACAACGUCCCUUAGUCAUGGGGAAAGGUAAAGCUCCUGAUGAUAUUCCAGAAGACGACGUGAAGUUCAGAAUACCAUCUUCCAAAAAACCAACAGAAGAACCCGAUACUAUUACACUGAAACCAAUACCCAAACCAAGCAAGGAUCAAGAGAAGGAUGAAAAACAAGUUGAACGAGAGCUUGCCCUUCCAGCGACCGUUGAGAAGCCAGAAGAACCUGAAGUUGAAACCGUCACCAUUGAAACAAAACAGAAAAAGGUGAUUAAAAAGAAGGUUCGUAAAGUAUCGAAGGAAGAUCAAGUCGAUUCUGAGAUGACAAUAGAAGAACCUAAAGAAGUUUCAGCUCUGGUAGACCAACGACCCGCUGAUGUAGCACUGAUUAAAAAACCGGUGAAAGAACGAGAGGCAUCUCUGGAAGAACCCCGUGAAAUUUCACCAGUACCAAAGGAAGCUCAAAUGAUUGUAGAGGAAGAACCUACGGUUGUAGAGGAAAGGAAGAUUGUAUCUCCCGAAAGUGAUCAACAAAAACAAGUUAUUGUUAAAAAAGCCAUCAAAAAGAAACGUAAAGAUAAGGAGGAGGUGAUUGAAGUCGUCACAACCCAAACCGGCGAUGAGGCUCCCACGACCACGGUUACAGUAAGCGAAGUUGUCCCAGCUGUUUCGACCCUCACAGAAGAAAAGCAAGAAGAACCGACUAGAGUGCGAGUGAAAGAGGUGGAGGUACCGAGUAAACAGGACGACCUUGAUGACAUUAUUGAGCGAUUGCUCAAUCAAGAGGUCACCAAAACCGAGCUGGAAAAGUAUGAAAAGUUUGAGUUCGAAAAAGUCCCUACAUCGGAACAACCCGAAGAAAGCACAACGGUGGAAGCCGUUCCCAAGUCCAAAAUAAUCAAGAAGACAAAACAAGUAAAACUGCAUGAAACCAUUUCAUUACUAGAGACACCAACAGAUACUUCAGAAACCCUAGAACCCACGCCCAUUGAGGCACAAACACCAGACACUAUACACACAUCCAUCACUGAAGAAAAACUGAGAAUUAGCGCAGAUACCAUCGAAAUCAGGGAGGAGGAGCAUGAGACGAAGGAGCUGUUCACAGAGGCACCCGCAGCGGAGGAGCUAGCACCAGUGGAGAUUCAACAGCGAGCUGCCGAGAGCCCAGUGGUUAGACGAAAACCAUUGCUGGAAGCUGCACCACGGGAAGAAACUCUAUACCAACCUGCAGAGGAAGUAUCCGAAGUAAAUUUAAUUUCAGGAGAUGAAGUGCAAGCUUCUGUUGAAGAAACCCCUAAGAAAGCAACUGAAAAGCCAGUUGUUAGCAAGCCACUUCUGGAGGCAGCUCCUAAGGAAGAAAUAUUCGAGCAGACAUUGGAAGAAAUCGACGAAACUGCGACAGUGAAAUUCGAUGGAGUUCAGCUUGCCGCAACCGACGUCCUUCGCCAAGCUACUGAAAUUCCACAAGUUCAGGCUAAGCCACUGUUGGAGGCAGCUCCCAUUGAGGAACAUAUAGAUAUCUCUGCAGAAGAAGUCGACACAGUCUCUUCGCUGUCCCUUAAAGAGGAAUUUGUUGCUCCGACAGACAUCCUGAGCCAGGUAACCGAGAUGCCAAUGGUCACCAAACCGCUUCUGGAAGCGGCUCCAGUUGAAGGUCAGGUAGACAUUUUAGCAGAGGAAGCCGAUACGGUCACUUCCCUAUCGUUAGAUGAAGAAUUUGCUGCUCCCAUAGAUAUACUAGAUCGAGUAACGGAAAAACCAAAGAUCGCUCCCAAACCUAUUAUUGCUGCAGCUCCAGCAGAAAGUUCGAUCGAUCAAAAACCCGAAGAGACUGAAGCGGUUGCACCCUUAGCUCCCGAGCAAAUACAAAUCGCUCCGAGCGAAGAAAUCUUAGCUGCCCCAGCCGAUCAAGCUAUGGUUGCCCCGGAAGUUGCCGUACAAGUUGCACCUGAACCUACCAAAAAGACAAAAAAAAUCACGAAAGUCAAGAAGGUGAAACAGUCCGUAGAAGAUGACGAAGAACUACAACGUCUGCUGAAUUUGGAGAUAGAGAAAACCCAGCUGGAAGUAUACGAAAAAACCGAACUUGAAGCCAGGGAGAAGUUGAAGCCAGAAAAGGGUGAGCCUGUCAAAUUAGAACCUAUCAAGAUAGAACGAAAAGAACAAAAACCCAUCAAACUUGAAAUCACAGACACACCAGAACCACAGACAGUAAAACUGCGUAAAACUGUACUGCCAGAGAAGAAAGAAAUCGAAGAGGUCACUGUUCCGAAAGUUUUGCUUAAGAGUAGGAUUGAACAGGUCGAGUAUCCACCGGAGGCUCAAAAGCCAAAGAUCGUCGACCUGAAGACCAAGCGUGGCGUUGGCGAGCUUACCAGGACCGAAGAAGAGGACGAAGAGCAUUGGAUUAAGAAAAUCAAGAAGGUUAAGGUAAUUAAGAAAGAAAAACCGGAACUCGAAACACUUGACAUCGAGAAGUACGAAAAAGAACCAGUAGUCAAAGAAGAAGUCGAAGAAGAAAAACCCAAAUAUCAGCGACAGGUGAAAGAAAAACCCGUAGAAGAAACAGAAGAUAGAACACUAGUGUUAGGUAAGGGUAAGCUAAAGAAGGACGAAGACGAAACUGAAGAGGUUAAAUUGAAGAAAACACCAGUGAGGCCGAAAGAAGAGGAACAGGUAGAAGAAAAACCGAAGAAAAAGAAAGAAGAAAAACCAACUGUUGUAGAGGAGGUGAAGAAACAGAAACACGUAGAGAAGCCUACUUUCACACCCACCGAAAUACCAGACGUCGAAACUGAGCUCGAACCGUACGAAAAACCGCCAGCUGAACCAAAGAAGAAACCAGUCGAGAAACCCGAGAAACCAAAAAUACCCAAGGAACCUAAAAAACCGGAAACUCCAGAAGAACCGGAACAUAAAAUUAUACCUGGCAAAGGAAAGCUUCCCGAAGCAGAACCAGAACCGGAAGUGAAAUUCCGUAUCCCGGUAGGUAAAAAAACGGAGGAAGUGCCAGAAGAGAUCAAACUCAAACCAUUCAAGAAGCCAUUCCCAGAGAAAGAAUUGCCAGAGCGCGAUGCUGAUCGAGAAAUGGCAUUACCAAAACCGAAAGACUAUCCGGAGGAACCCGAAGCUGAAAUCACAAUAAAGAAGAAAAAGAAAAAGAUACCGAAGGAACCCGAGGUUCCAGUUCCGGUUGAAGAAAUCCUUCCGGAAACUCCCAAAGAAGAAGAACUCAUAACAGAGAUACCACUUCCUAAGGAGCAACCGAAAAUUGAAGAGCCACUACCUGUGCAGGAAGUUAAAAAGCCUAAAGUAUUGCCAAUCGAAACACCACUGGAGAUGGUUGUACCAAAACCGGUUGAAGAGAUUACGGAAGAACUACCCGAAAAGUUUGCUGUUCCAGAGAAACCAACCGAGGUCGAAGUGGAGAAACUGCAGGAACCACAGAUUUCCCAACCUGAGGUAUUGGAAAUAAAGGAGGACAAGAAGAAGGUUAAAAAGAUUAAAAAACCAAAAGCCAAACCGGAGGAGGACGACGAGUUGGAACGUCUUUUGAAUUUGGAAGUUGAAAAGACUGCACUCGAGACGUAUGAGAAAGUUGAUCUUGAACCACGUCAGAAGGUUAAGGUAACUCCGGAAGUCAAACCAAUUGAAGCACCACAACCUGAAGAGGCUAAAGUGAAAGAAAUACCUAAACCAGAGCCAAUUGUAAGGAAGGCAGAGAUUGUUGCGCAGGCUCCAGUCUCCGAACAGGAAACUAAGGAACAAAUUCAAGAGAAACCACUUCUGGAGGAAGCUCUACCAAGUUUGGUGAAACCAGAAUUGGUUAGCGUGAGCGAGGAAGCUCCAAUCGAAAUAAAACAGGAUGUCCCAGUAGAGGAAGACAAACCAGCUAUUCCAGUCCAGCCUGAACCUGAACAGAAGAAGCCCGAGGAAAAGAAAGGUAAAAAGACAGUUAUCAAAAAACCCAAGAAAGCAUCCAUCGAAGAUGAUGAACAGCUGCAAAAACUGCUCAAUCUGGAAAUCGAGAAAACUGAACUGGAAAAGUAUGAGAAGGUAGAGCUAGAUAUUACGAAAAAACCAAAGCAGGUAGAGCCAGAGCCGAUAGAGGUCAAACCCGCAAAACCGGUGGUGGAAGAAGUUCCCGAAGAGGUUGUGGUUAAACCCAAACCUAAACCGAAGGUAUCCGAACCAGUUGAAGAGGAGGUUGAGGUCGAUUUCAAGAUCACAAAGAAACCCCGUUUGCCAGAGCAGCCACAAGAAGUCGAAGAACAGAUUACACUGAAACCGACUCCGCAAAAGCCAGAAGAAACUGUCUCAGUAGAAAGAAUUAUUAAAAUUGAGGUCGAACGUUCUGAACCGGUUACUAUCGAACCAGUCAUAGAAGAGGCUGAUGAGAUCACAAUACAGAGGGAAGAAAUCCCAACGAUUGAACCAUUGAUUGAAGAACCGGUGGAUGAGUUCGUCGUUCCAGAAGAUGUGGUUCCGAUUCAACCCAUUGAGGAAGAAAUUUCCGAUGCACAACCGUUGAUUGAGGAUGCCGUAAUAGAGAUUCCGUCCGAAGAAAUACCUACACCAAUCGAAUCUGUACCAAUUGAACCAAUCGUAGACAGCGCUCCGGUUGAAAUACUGCGUAAGGUUUCACUAAAACCAGUUCCGCAGCCUGUCACGGUGGAGGAAGAGAAGCCCAAAGCAAAACCGAAAAAGAAGGUGGUUGUGAAAAAGAAAAAGGCCAGCUUGGAAGAUGACGCUGAGUUGCAGAGGCUAUUAAAUUUGGAAAUCGAAAAAACUGAGCUGGAACAGUACGAGAAGAUCGAUGUUGAGCUUCGCAAGAGGGAAAAAGUUAAGGUGGUCGAGCAACCAAAGCCACAGCAAGCGACCACAUCUACUGUCGAAGUAGAAGAAGUAGUACAGCUUAAACCUAGAAAGCCAAGCGUGAAGCCACAGGUUGAAACAAUUGAAGAAACAGAAGUUGCCUUCAAACUGAAGCCCAAGAAGAAACCGGAACCGGAAGAAGUGGUACAGGACGCAACAGUCACGCUGAGAAAAGAGAAACCAAAAGUGGUUGACGAAACUGCCGUCGAAGAAGUUGUUAUUCUCAAGCCAGCCGCUCCGAAACCCGAGGAGGUUGAAGACGUAGAAGAAGUUAUACGACUCAAGGCUAAGCCCCAAGAAUAUGUUACUGACGAAGCUGAGGCAUCACUGGAGAUUGUCAGGGAGAUACCGCAGGAAGAAGAAAUUCCAGAACCUGUUCAGAAGGUGGAAAAACCGAAGAAAAAAGUGGUUAAGAAGAAGAAGGAGGAUGACGUGGACGAAAUCACUAAAAAGUUGCUGGAGGUGGAUGUACCAAAGACUGAGCUGGAGAAAUAUGAAAAGGUGGACCUUGAGUUGCCGAAAAAACCUAAAGAGACGGUACAGGACGUAGUAGUGGCAAAACGUAAACCAAAACCUACAGUACAAGAAGAGGAGGAAGAAGUCACACAAAGCUUGAAGCUUCGCAAAAAGCCAGAACUAGCACCAGAGCCAGAGGAAGCUAAAGCUACCUUCAAAGUACCGAAAAAGCCGAAGCCCGAACCAGAAAAACCGGAGGAUGUUGCAGCGUCACUCACGAUUACCAAGGAGAAGGAAGUUGAACCGGCAAAGGAAGAAAUCACGGAACAUGUGGUCAUUCGGAAGCAACGGCCUCGUCCAAAACCGGCAUUCCGCAGGGAAGUUCUGGACGAAGAAGAAGUGAGAAUCAAGAAGAUCAAAAAGAUUCGUCAACCUCGACCAGUCUUCAAAGAUGUUGAACCAGAGACGGUUACCUUCCAGCCGAAACGAACAAAACACAUCGAGGAUAUUGAACAGGAGUUCAAGAUACAGCUGGACUCGUACGCUAGGGAGGAAAUUUCUAUGACAGGACGGGUCAAAUUGCCAGCUCCGUACAGCUAUGGGGAAGAAACUGGGGAAGCACACAUCACCAUCAUCAAAGAAGUGAACGAGGAUGAUGAAGUGGUGUACGAAGUCAUUUACGACGAUAGUGAGGUUAGCGACGAGUAUGAUAGGUACGACGAAAUCACUGAAAAUGUAGUCCUGGAGCUUCGCAAACGCCGUCAAAAGCUUGAGGGUCUCAUCGUACAACACGAGGAGGAGAUUUCCCUUGAUCUUCACCAACGAAAACAACAAGUCACACACGAAGAAGAAUCAUUCACACUGAAACAACAAAAGAAGUCUUUGCCAACGUACUCCGAAGAAACUGCUUCUCUUAAAAUUGUUCGGGAAGAGGAUGCCAGCGAGAUGUAUUGCAUCCAAUCGGUGGAAGCAGAAAACGAAGAAGCUCUCCAUUUGGUGGAAGGUGAAAAACUCUACGUCAUCGACCGCAGUAAUCCCGAGUGGUGGUAUGUCAAGCGUUCGUGGUGCGAAGAACGUGGCUUUGUACGUCGUGACUUGCUAAUGGACGCUGUAACUUAUCCGCAGUACGUGCAGAAAACUCUGAACGAGAAGAUUGACAAACUGCCGAUAUUCGAAGCGCCAGGACCUAAUGAGAAGCCACAAGCUCCGAAGAUCGUUAAAAAGUUGCAGCCUAUAACCACACAGGAUAACUAUACCGUGCAGUUCGAGUGCAAAGUGGAAGGUUACCCACGGCCGCAGAUCACCUGGUUCCGGCAAACAGCGGUUAUCAAGUCAUCUCAAGACUUCCAUAUCUACUACGAUGAUGACAAUGUGGCCACGCUUAUCAUACGUGAAGUAUUCCCCGAGGAUACUGGAAUGUUCACUUGUGUUGCCAAAAACAUUGCAGGUUUUGCUGCUAGCUCUACUGAGCUGACCGUGGAUUCCUUCACGUCUGACCUCGGCUCAGAGUUGGCUACACUCUCGCGUAAGAGCAUGUCCCGUGAAUCAUCGCUGGCCGACAUUUUGGAAGGUAUUCCACCGACCUUCUCGCGCAAGCCUAAAGCUCAAUAUGUCGAUGCCGGUUCGAACGUCUUGCUCGAAUGUCGAUUGGUUGCUGUUCCUGAACCGGAUAUUCAAUGGUUCUACAACGGAGUGGAAAUCACCAACAAGGACAACAUCCAGGUAGUAGUUGAAUCUGAUAUGCACAUGUAUUGCACAGUUGUCCAGAUUAAGAACAUCGAGAAGUAUCAAGAAGGUUCGUACCAAGUUGUUGCCCGUAAUCGUGAAGGUGAAUCGUCAUUGGAUAUAACUGUUAAGGUAAAGACCGGUGUCCAAGAGCCCCCACAAGUUCUAGAACCGCUCAAGAGUAUGAGUAUUCGCCAAGGAGAAACCGUCAUGCUAACCACGCAAAUUGUUGGCAAUCCAACACCCGAGGUCAAAUGGUUCAAAAACGGAGAGGUUCUCAAGGUACCCACUCAAGUUGACAAGAACUUGUACAGCGUCACGCUACUAUCACCAACUCACGAGAAUGCCGGUGAAUACACGGUCAAAGCUAAGAAUCCCGCAGGCACGGUAGAGACUACCGCGUUCCUAACAGUUGACGAGUCCAACGUAGGUAAUCCACAAGCCCCACUGUUUUUGGAGCGAUUUGAGGAGCAAAGUGUUCUCCAGGGUAGCACCAUUAAGCUUCCCGCUAAGGUUUCCGGAAACCCAGUGCCGGAGAUUCUCUGGCUACGCAACAACAACACCCUGUUACCGUCGAAGAAGGUCAAACAGGCAUACGAUGGUCAGAACAUUGAGUUAACGAUCGCAAAUGCCGAUUCCGAGCAAGAUUCAGGCAACUACAAGUGCAUCGCUUCCAACACGGUCGGUAAAGCUUCUCAUGGUGCCCGCGUAACGGUCGAAGUCGAUAAGGUUACGUUCGUAAAGAAACUGAAGAAGAGCAUCACCGUAGAGGAGAGUAAAUCGGUCACGAUGGAGUGCGAAACAUCGCAUACCGUGUCAACGAAAUGGUUCCACAACGGAAAAGAGAUGAGCGGUAUGGAUCAUCGUGUAAUCGCUCAGGAAGGUAAGGUUCACAAGGUGGUUAUCAAAAACCCAACCAUCAAAGACAGCGGUACGUACAAGUGCACGGUGAAGGAUCAAGUUACGGAAUGCAGCUUGAAGGUACUGGAAGCCAAGCCGGAGUUCUUGCGUAAGCUUGAAGAUGUCGAAACGAAGGAGAAGCAGGAUGCUAUUCUGGAAGUGGAAAUUACUUCAGAAACGGCUGAUGUUGUGUGGUACAAGGAGGGCAAAAAGAUUGAGGAGAAAACGAACAAAUACGAGUUCAGCAAGAAAGGAAAAUCUCGAACCCUGUUGGUGCGAAGUACCUCUGUACACGAUGAGGGCGAGUACACUUGCACUUUGGCCGAUCAAGAGUGCUCAGCAGAGGUGAUCGUUAUUGAGCUUCCACCGGAAAUCAUAACUCCGCUGAGAGACGUAACUGUUGCUCGAGGAGAGAAUGCUAUCUUCGAGAUCGAAUUAACGAAAGGGGAUGCGUUGGUACGGUGGUAUCGAAACGACACGGAACUGUCGUUCAAUGGUCACUAUCAAUUGACGAUAGACGGUAAGCGACAAACCCUCAAGAUCACUAAAACCGUCGACGAAGAUGCCGGGGUUUAUAGGUGCGUCGUUGGGGAUCAACUAUCCACCGCCCGCUUGAAGGUCGAAAAACCGCUAGUUGACUUCGUCAAGCGGUUACCGGAUGUUACCAUCACGACCAAGGAUACCGAUGCCGUCUUCGUCGUCGAACUUUCCGAAUCUGCAGAAGUGACCUGGUACAAGAACAGCAAGCAAAUUAAAGCGUCCAGUAAAUACGAAUUGGUUAGCGACAAAAUCAUUCGGAAGCUUGUCGUUAGGAACGUAAACGAGGAAGACGAAGCGGAGUACACAUGCACAAUCGCCAAUGUGAAGACCUCGUCCACACUGAAGGUGGAGAUCAUCAAGGUUGCACCUACCAUCUUCGACGAUGGCUCGCGCGUGUUUACCAUCCGCAAGGAAGAGGAUGUUACUUUCAACGUUAAGUUCAACGCAACACCGAAGCCCGAUGCUGACUGGUAUGUUAAUGAAAAGCUAAUUAUUCCAUCGCCACGAUUUGUACCCAAGGUUACCGAAGAAACUGCCAGUUUGACGAUCAAGCGGGUUGUCGAAACGGAUGCCGGCGAUUACACCGUGCGAUUUGCGAACGAAUGUGGCGACGCAAGUGCCUCCUUUACGCUUAUUGUGAAGAGAUUACCGGGUGCCCCUGAAGCACCGGAAGCAACACGAAUUACCGACGACUCCAUCACCCUGUUCUGGAAGUCACCUGAAGAUAACGGAAACAGUACAAUCACCGAAUACAUUCUGGAGUUCCAGGAGAAGAAUAAGAAAAAAUGGACAGAGAUAACCAGCAUCACCGAAACGACGACUACGGUUACCAAACUAACGAAGAAUUCCGAAUACACAUUCCGUGUUACAGCGAUGAACGAAAUGGGCAAAGGCCCUGCGUCACCCAACUCGCCCUACUACAAAAUCGCUGCUCCCAUUCAGAAAGAAGCACCUGUGGUUAGCGAACAUCUGAAGGACAUACACAUCGGACUGAACCAAACCGUAACCCUGACCUGUAUCGUGAAUGGUGUCCCCACACCGGACAUCACUUGGUACCACAAUGGAAAGGUACUGGAGGAGAAGACCAUGACCUACGAAAAUGGUGCCGCUAAAUACGUUAUCAGCAAAACGACCACAGAAAUCAGUGCCACUUACGUUUGCAAAGCGACGAACGAAGUCGGUAGCGUUGAGAGCAGUUGCAAAGUGGUGAUCGAAGAAAAGCCUACUGUCACUGUCGAGAAGAAACAAAUCGUACAGAAGCUACGCGUUGGAGACGAAUGGACCGUGGUUGCCAACUUCGAUGGUUACCCAGUACCCGAAAUCACCUGGUAUCGUGAAGAUGAGAUAAUCAAGUCUACUGCAGAACACACCAUUACAACCACUGCCAAAAGCUCCACGAUCGUCAUCGCAAGCUUAGACCGAUCGGACAGCGGAAAAUACCUGGUCGAAGCAAGCAAUUCUGCUGGGUCGGCUAGCGUAGAGCUACAGUUGAAGGUAAUCGAUAAACCCAGCAAACCGGAAGGACCUAUUGUCGUGAAAGAACUCAACCCCGAAGCUGUAGUCAUCGAAUGGAAACCUCCAGCGGACGAUGGCGGCCUGGAGAUCUCACAGUACUCGAUUGAGAAGUGCGAUGACACCAACAAGAAUGCAUGGAUUAAGGUCGCAGAUGUUCAGAAGAACAUCAGUUCCUAUUGCAUCCAGAAGCUGCUGGACUCGACUCAAUAUCAUUUCCGUGUUAUUGCCCAAAAUCCGAUUGGUUGCUCUGAACCAUUGGAGAGCGCCACCGUCACUGUUAAACAGGUGCAAAAUGCUCCUUCACCACCCCGAGGCCCCAUCGAAACGUCAGGAAUGACGACCAAUUCGUUUACGCUGAUGUGGCAACAGUCGGAGCACAACGGUGGCAGCAAGAUUCUCGAGUACAUAGUGGAAAUUAAGGAGUCUAAAAAGAAGGUGUGGAAAGUCAUCGGAAGCACCAGUGCCAGCGAAACUUCUCUGCUCAUUGAAAACCUGAGUGCAAAUCGGGCAUACGAUUUCAGGAUCGCCGCGAAGAACAAAAUCGGAACCAGCGAGCCACUACUGACGGAGGAAUCGAUUGUCGCCGGCAAAGAAAUCACACCUCCGUCGGCGCCACGCAACUUGCGUAUCGUCAACGUGACCAGCAAGAGCGUGAAGCUCGAAUGGCUGCAGCCGGAAACGAACGGUGGCUCGGAAGUUACCGGCUACGUGGUCGAAAAACGGCUUUCCACUGCCCAGCAGUGGACCAAGAUCAAAACCCUGGACGCCAGCAGUCUCAGCUACUGCGUCGACAAUCUCAAAGAAAAGUCUGAACUGCUAUUCCGAGUAUCCGCCGAGAAUGCGAUCGGUCUAAGUUCACCCGCAACCUCGGAAACUGUGACAUUGAAAUCACAUGCCACUGUACCUUCACCACCCACUGGACCCCUUGAGAUACGCUAUCUGGGACCGAACAUCAACAUUGCCGAAUGGGGUAUUCCCGAGUCCGAUGGAGGUGCGCCAUUGGAAGGGUACAACAUCGCCAUUCGAAACAUCAAGAAAACGAUGUGGAUGGAGGUUGGUCGCGUGGACGCGGAUUGCCAAUCGUUCAACAUCAAAGAUCUUGGGGAAGACGAGGAGUAUUUGAUUCGAAUAAUGGCCCGUAAUGAAGUCGGUUGCAGUGACCCGCUGGAGUCGGACGAACCCUACAAGGUCCAACCGGGUGAAGUCCCCGAAGACAUUCACGAUGAAACGACACGUGACUUCUCGGAACCCACCGGCACGAAUACCUCGUCCUGGCUAAGGGAACACAACAUGACUGCGGACAUUCACAGCUACGCCAGGCACAAGCUGCUCCGAAGAAGAGAGUACUUCUUCAAACUGUGGUUCAACGCGAAAAACCUGUUCUCGUAAAUGUUCGACAUAUUUCCUGUUUAAAACUAGCUCAAGAUAACUUAUAUUACUACGUAAAUGAAAGCUGUACAUUCAAGGACGCUCAAACUGUCCUCACAACCGAUAUAUCUAACUUUAGCUCAAAUGAGACGAAACUGAUUAGCCGGAUAUGUUGACUUCAAUUAUUUUAUAUACAAGUUGCGAUUUUCGAGUGUUUGGUUUGACUAUGUAUGUAAAUGUUAUCCUAAACCGAAAAACGCCAACCAAUGGAAUCGCACAAAACUGACUCACACGAAUACGAUUUGUUUCAUAUAACUGUGAUACAAGAAGAGAACGGUCAAAACAAAAACGUAGACAGCAAAAGCGAAACUGUAAACAAAUAAAAAAAAACGAAAGAGUUUUACACAAAACAAAUCGAACGGACAGCAUAUCCCAAAGACGGUUUGCUGGUCUAACCCCCGAGAUAUUCCUACUAGAUAGCGAGAAUUAAAAGAACUACCCAACAAUUUAUACACACUCACGCAUAUUAGCUAGAGAAAAAUGUUGUUAUGUUAUCAAUGUGAAAAAUGGUUUGAUUUAUAAAUACUACUUGUUACUAUCAGCAGGCGAAAAGCCCCAGCAGCGGAUCCUUCGUCGCAGGGAGACAGCUAAUAUAGGUGCGUAUAUUAGUCGGAAACCGGGAAGGAUCUGCUGCCGAGCGCGCGCUGUACCGCACGAGAUUUACAAAAAUAAAACAUUGUAUGUACUUUGAUUUAUAUCAUUUUGAAAAAAUAUAUGAAACGAAACUAUUUUGUUUUGAUUACCAGAAGUGUGUUUAGUAAACUGUAAAAUAUACUCGAAGUAAAUACAAAAAUGAUUCAUUUUAA